CCGCGCGCAUGCAUUGUUUGAUCUUGCCGCCCGCUUCUCCAGACCACCUGGCGCGCAGCCUCCGAGAGGCGAGAGCAACCUCCCUCUGAUGGCUCCCCACUUCAUCCAGCGGCGGAGCCAAGGUCCUCGGUUCCAGCAUCCGUGCAGUGUACGAUGGCACGAUGCUUAUCAAACUGAGCGUGGCAGCCAUAAUGUCACAGCAAACCGUUUGAUGGCUCCCAUACGCACAGGUUGAAGUACUUUGCUUGCCGCUUGCUGAGGCCACCCAUCUCUUGAUGGAUGACAAUGUGGGCACUCAAGUUGAUCAGUACGCAAUUUUUGUCUCUGGCAUCAUUGGGAAGAUACAUGAGCUGAUCUGCUGGGACCAGGUGAGCUGAACACUACUGUCGGCAUGCAUGCAGCCGUCGCCAGGAUCAGUAACAGCACUGUAUGCAUUGGUAAUUCGGCAGGCAUAUAUUCACUCUGGAACGCCGAGAGGCGAGAUCAGAAGUAGAAACAGGCAUCGAGGCAGGCAGGGUCCCCCGGCAAAUCUUCAUGGGGCCGCGUGUGUGAACGUGACUGACGUAAACCGUCAAAGGGAAGUCGCGGGAAAAAAAGUGGGGGAAUCGAGUACCAACCUUGGGCCCCUCACCCUUUCCAACGGGAGCUGACUAGGCAUCGCUCUGGUGGCCCACAAAGCAGCCAAUAGCAACCCUACACAAUCCUGCAGCUACAACAGCUCGCUUUGGCUGCCAAAGACAAGAAGAGAAGAUUGGGAUAUUUCUAUUCACCGAUAUAAAGCCAACUGACACAGGACACAACAGAAAAGCAAAAGCCAAAGUUUAAGAGGGAGACAGAGAGGUUUUUUACAUUAAUGGUAGCUGAUCAUUCAUUCAUAUAGAGCUAGUUGAGCAGGCUUGGUGUGGCUGUCCACAUUUUUGCUUCGGAUAGCCUUGCUGCCAGCCGCCUGCCAAGCUCUAAUAAGCACACUUUUGCUGUGGGAGUUUUGAGAGGAAGGGAAGAGGGAGCAAUGGCGCCCGUCAGUUUGCCUCCAGGUUUCAGGUUCCACCCCACUGAUGAGGAGCUCAUCAUCUACUACCUUAAGAGGAAAAUCAACGGGAAACAGAUAGAGCUCGAAAUCAUUCCGGAGGUUGAUCUUUACAAGUGCGAGCCCUGGGAUUUGCCAGAAAAAUCCUUCCUUCCAAGCAAAGACCUUGAAUGGUACUUCUUCAGCCCUCGAGACCGCAAGUACCCAAAUGGGUCAAGGACAAACCGUGCAACCAAAUCUGGAUACUGGAAGGCAACUGGGAAGGACAGAAAAGUGAACUCGCAUAGGCGUCCAGUUGGAAUGAAGAAGACGUUGGUGUACUAUCGUGGUCGAGCUCCACAUGGUUCUCGCACUGACUGGGUCAUGCACGAGUACCGCCUCGACGAGAGGGAAUGCGAGACUGAUACCGGCUUACAGGAUGCGUACGCAUUAUGCCGAGUGUUCAAGAAGACAGCACCUGGGCCAAAGAUCAUAGAGCAUUAUGGCGCCGUGCACCACCCCAUUGAGCAACCGCAGUGGAUGGCAAGUAGUGUCGACCGCUCCCCAACUCUGGACCUGUCCAGUGAUGUUAGGGGCGACGACUUCGAGAGCAGCAGUUUCUCAUUUCCGACCGAGGCGCCAAUGGACUCGAUGCAGCAUGGUGGGUUCGGGAUGCAGAUGAGCGCUGGUCACGAGGAUGGCAAAUGGAUGCAGUUCCUGAGUGAAGACGCCUUUAACGCCACCAAUCCUUUCUUCAUGAAUCCAGCUUCUUCCAACUUCUCGUGCCUCCCAUCCAAGGUCGAUGUCGCGCUGGAGUGUGCAAGGCUGCAGCACAGACUCUCCUUGCCUCCCCUGGAGGUGGAGGACUUUCCACAGGACGUCAGCCUCGACACAAAGACAAGCAUACUCCGCAGCAACCCCAACGAGGUUGACAUCCUUCAAGAGUUCCUCUCCGUCGCGUCGGCCUCGCAGGAGCUAAUCAACGGCACCAGCAACAGCUUCCCUGCAGAAAUGUGGCCAGGUGCUGGCACAAGCAGCAGCAGCAGUACCCACUACAUCAACGAGCUAUCCUCCCUCGUUGAGCUCGGGGUGAAGGCCAAACAAGAGGUGGACAAUUUCUACCAUAUGGGCUGCAUAGGUACGUCUGCAGGAUUCGCCUCGAAGUCAGUCCAUGUCGAUGAACCGGUUCGGUUGGUUGAGAUUGCUGACAUGGAGGAGGAGCUCAAGGAAGAGAAGAAGCAAGUGGAGAACCUUAGAGGAGUGAGGCUGCACAACAAUGACCUAGGAGAGAUUGUCGUAGAAGGAGACGAAAGCAAUCCAACAGAGUGCAUCACACAAUACCCCAUAUCAGACACUGCUGACAAUUCAGGAGAAGCCGGUCACCUGACCGAUCCCACUGACGCAGGAGGCCUAGACACUGCCCCCAUCUUCUCGCAAUCUCAACCUGACGACUUUGCUAUUGGCUUCGAUGACGUCAACCCUAACACAUCCUUCGACCUAUACGAGAAGGUUGACGUCAAGCAUGGGCUCUUCAUCUCGAGGGUCGGCGCGGCCAAGACAUUCUUCCACCGCGUUGAGCCGUCCAAGAAGGUCAGCUUCCACUUGAAUCCCCUAGCAAGCGACGUCAGCAAGGCGAUCGAGAAGCAGUUCCAUUUCCCCAUUAGUAGUGUUACGACCAAAGUUAGUGGCAGGGUUUCCAUUUUUAGCAAGUUCAAGGCGCUCAUCAGGGACAAGUUUCUGGUGACGAAGCCGUCAUCUUACCAAAGGUCCUUAUUAGGCAGCAAAGAAACAGCAACAGUGAGUGAGCUGCUGCAGAUUGUGUCGCUCCUCUUAACACCAAAGGAAGUAGCAGGCCCUACGACUACUGAGCAAGAGUUGGUCAAGAAGAAGGCGGAGAAGCCGGAAUUCGGUUGUGAAGGAAGUGAUCAUGCGUGGCUUGUUCCACUCUCCAAGAGGAGCAAAGGCAUUUCCAGCAUGUUUUUUAGUGGGAAAUGGGCAUUUCUGACAUCUGCAUUGGCCAUCCGCACUCCAGGGUGCAACCACUGAAAAGGUCUUUCUGAUCAUAACUCUCAUGUAAAAAGAUACGGCUCUUAUUAAUUAUGCUAGAGACGACUCGGUAACAGGUGCCUGGUGCAUGGAGGUUCAUAAUCUUCGUGCGUUCAUUAAUUAACUGGUGUAUUACUGGAGUAUGUAACCAUUAUUUUUCGUCCUUACGUGUAUUGACAUGUCUGAAGUCUAACCAUGUUGUAAUCAAAACAUUGUUUAUCAAUUGUAAGUGCACAUACACACACAUAUAUAUACAA